AUGGCGAAUCUACAGAGACAACUCCAAGGUCAUCCUCACAUCGUCAAGCUUGUCUGUGCGGCUUCACAGUUAAGCGAAGAUGAUGAUAAAUCUACAAAUUCUUUCGAUGAAGUUCUCUUAUUGAUGGAGUUAUGUUCAGGAGGUCAUUUAAUUGACCUUAUAAAUGGACAUCGUGAUGUAGAAUCCCUUAAGCCCCAUGUUGUCGUUUUAAUCUUCAUACAAUGUUGCAAAGCAGUAGCUCACAUGCAUAACCAAGCACCCCCAGUUAUCCACAGGGAUCUCAAACCCGAAAACUUUUUAUUGAAUUCCAAUAACAUUAUGAGGCUUUGUGAUUUUGGCAGUUCUACUAAAUCGACUUUUCAGCCAACGGAAUCUUGGACUUCACAGGAUCGCGCUCUACUUCUUGAAGAUAUUGAAGAAGUUACGACGCCUUUAUAUCGCCCUCCGGAAAUGAUCGACCUAUGGAGCAAUCAGGAAAUCAAUGAGAAAGUUGACGUCUGGGAUCUUGGAUGUCUAUUGUAUAUCCUAUGUUAUUCAUCGCAUCCUUUUGAGGAUACUUCUAGUACUGGUUCUACUAAACUAGCAAUUCUAAAUGCAAAAUAUAAUAUUCCAAAAAACAAGCCUGAUUACAAGCUUUUUGAAAACCUUAUACGUAAAAUACUUGUCGUUAACGUCAACCAACGCCCUUCGGUGAGCGAUAUCCUGAAUGACUUAAACGAGAUCAGCAACGAGUUAAAACUAAAUCUAGAUAUUGGUGCUACCUGGAGUAUACCAAUCGAAGCUUCAGCAACAUCGGUUACGCCGAAUGAACAUGGUCAAGCAGCAAAUGAUAGCUACGUUGGUACAAAUGUUACCUCGAAGGGAACCGCUUUUUUGGGAAUGUUAAAAUCUGUUUCAAAUUCUGUUACUAAUACUAUGCAAAGCCUAUACACGAAUAAGUUAGAUGUGACGUAUAUUACUACGAAGCUUAUUGUUAUGCCGUUUCCAUCUAUCCGUGGUCACGAAUCAACAAGGCAGAAUCCAAUCGAGGAAGUUCGAAACUUUCUUGAAAGGUCACAUCCACAAAGCUAUCACGUGUUCAAUGUUUCACCGAAAAUGUAUGAUACCACUGUCUUGAAUAGUGCCGUUACACAUUUUUGUACACCGUCAAGAAGAUUGUUAUCAUUGAAUCAUCUAUUUGCUGUAUGCCGUGCUAUUGAUAGUUGGCUGAGUAAAGACAGUAAAAAUGUUGCUAUUAUUCAUUGCAAGGAUGGAAAAAGUACUUCUGUCCUAGUUACAGCAUGUUAUUUGGUUUAUUGCGGUCUUUUUAAAACCGGAGAAACAACUUUGCGGAUGGUUCUUGCAAAGCGUAGUCAGGAUGUAGAUGUUAUUGAAAUUUCUCCAUCUCAACGUCGGUUCCUUAGGUAUUUUUCAACAAUUGUUAACAAGGGAAAAAGCAGUCUUCAUGAGCAUACUGUACGAUUAGACAGCAUUUCUAUUACUCCGGUUCCAUUGUUCAACAAAGCCCGGAUCGGGUGUCGGCCAUAUAUUGAGGUUUUUGAGAACAACACGAGGCGGGUGUGUACUUUUCAGGAUGCCUUAGAAGAGAUGAGAGUUUACAAUAGUAGCGAUGGCAAAAUUAUGUUCCCAUUAGGAACUCUUGUUAGGGGUGACGUAAUGAUAGCAGUCUAUCACGCUCGCUCGACGCUGUCAUCAAAAAUACACAGAGAGCUGGAUCAUAUAGAUGAGGACAACCCCGAUAAGUACCCUUCUGGAUUUCAUGUAGAGUUGGCUGUGAGCGUAUUAAAAACUCAUCAGGGUCCAACAGAUAUGGAUGAUGAUAGUGAUGAUGAGCCCGAUCCGAUACUGCCUCCAGAUGCUACUCAUCUUCAGGAGCGUGUGAUAUUAUUUCCAUGUCUCUCAUCCAAGAAGGAGCUAGAAACGAUUCGUUUACAGUAUGGCCAAAUGGAUACUAUUUCAUAUGAAAAGUUAGAAAAAUUGGACAAUGCUCGAACAGAAGCAUUACAGCGAAAGCAAAGUGCUGAUUCAAUUUCAGCUAUUAGAGAUACUAGCGGAUUGAGUAAAUCGUCUUCCAAUCCUGGAAAUAUCCUUGAUUUAACAUCUGACGCUGUAAAUCGCGCGGAUGAAGCAGAGGAGAGAUUUUUAAACCGAGCGAAAGUCGUCGUAAAUGUCGAGCAGGAAACUACGAAGACAGAGGAUACAUUAUUAGAUUUUAGCUCUUCGAAUGUAACAGCAGCUCCUUCACAUCAGAGUGUUUCUAACGAUAAAUUCUUACAGAAGAGCCCGCCAGUAAAGCUCGUAUCUCCAAGUUCUGAAGUUAAUUUGAUCAAUCUUGAGAUAAGUCAAAAGUCUCAAGGGAUGCAUCGAAGUAAGAGCGCUGAUCGGAUAUCUGAGUUAGUAAAUCAAUCUCCGAUCUCGCCUACUGACCCUUUUUCAAGUUUUUUCGAUAACAAAUUACCUACGAAAGCAGUUUCCUCCGAUUCUUUUGAUCCUUUUGCACCAACUGUUAAAGCUAGUAAUAAUGCUUUAAAGAAACCUGAAACAAACCCUACUGGCGCUGUUCAACUAGACGCUUUUGAUCCGUUUUCUCAAAAUAAUAAUAAAAGUGUUUCUGGCAAGGACGAUUUGAUAUCCAUAUCUCCAAGGGCAAAGGAUUCUCCAGAUGUCUUCGACUUCGCAACUCAAAGAGCCCCGAGUCCAUCAGCUCAACGCACUCAUAGUCCUGAAAGCAUAAUUUUUGAUCCUUUUGGAGCUACGGGCGAUACAAAUCAACGCCGUACUCCAGAACUAUUGCAACCAAGUAGCACUUCAAAUCAACCAAUCAUAAAGCCACAGAAAAGGGAGUCUGAUAAUAAGAAACAAGGUUUUCGAAGUAAUUUAGAGUCACUUGCACAGGGUAAAUUUGAUCUUAAUCUGAACCAAACAAACAACAUUGGCAACAAGCAACCAAUGGCAGCUCAAAAACCGACACAGAAAUCACCGAUUGGAAAUUUGCCUACCGGACAAAGAGCAUCAUAUGUUAUUGGAUCAAGGGAAGAACGAGGCUUACGUGGUUCUAUCGGUGUCAAGCCAAACGUUGCUAAGAAUGAGUUCAGCGAUUUACUUGGUGCUCAAGGAUUUAUACCGAAGGCUCAUGACAAAGGUCACGUAACUAUCAAUGAAAUGAGACGAGAAGAAGUCGAAAAGACAACUGACCCUAUUAAAUUAAAAAUUCAAGAUUGGGUGGGAGGACAGAAGGGUAACAUUCGGGCCCUACUUUGCUCUUUACACACUGCUGUUUGGGAAGGUUGUAAAUGGAAGGAAAUAGGAAUGCACCAAGUGAUAGAAUCGAACAAUGUUAAAAAAUACUACCGAAAAGCGUGCUUGUGCAUUCAUCCGGACAAGGUUGUUGGAGAGCCACAUGAGAAAUUGGCUAGGGCAAUAUUUGUAGAAUUAAAUGAAGCUUGGACUGAAUUUGAACAGUCUGGCGCUAAGCCACUUUUUUGA